UCAGAGGGUUCUCUUUGGUUUUUCUCUUAACCUGAACUUCGUUUUUAUCUCUUCUCCUCAAGUUAGAGGUCUUUCAAGCAAAAUGCGAGUGGCAAUCGUCCUUGCCUUUGUUCUCGUGGCGACCAUCGCCCCUGCCACCUGCCAAGCACCAUGGUGGAGAGGGCAAGCCAUCAAGCGACUCGGCCAGGGGCAGCAGCAACAGUUCCGCCCCAAAAAUCAAUGGCUGCCGCCCCAAGAUCGCGAGGCUGCGCAGGAGAUGCGAGAGCGAAUGGCGGAGCAAGCAGAGCAAGAUGCCGAAGCCGCAGAAGAGUUGCGAGAACAAGAAGAAGAACGGGCACAAGAAUUGCAGGAGCAGCAGGCCGAAACUGCACAACAAAUGCAAGAGCAGCAGGCGGAAGGUGACCAGCCAGAUGCCUGGGCCGCACAGGGAAUGCAACAACAAGAUGCAGAAGCAGCACAGGAAAUGGCAGAACAGGAUGCAGAAGCAGCACAGGAAAUGGCAGAACAGGAUGCAGAAGCGGCUCAGGAAAUGGCAGAACGGGAUGCAGAAGAGGCUCAGGAAAUGGCCGAACAGGAUGCAGAAGCGGCUCAGGAAAUGGCAGAACAGGAAGCUGAGGCUGAAGAGGCUCAGGGAAUGGCAGAACAGGAAGCUGAGGCUGCAGAAGAGUUGAAUGAACAACAAGCAGAAGAAGCGGAAGCUGAGGCUGAAGCAUUGGAGGAACUCCAGGAACAAGAAGCUGAAGCAGCUGAAGCAAGGGACGAAAUGCAAGGUGAAGAAGCAGAGGGAGCAGGCCUAGGAGCAGGUGGAAGUGGAAGUGUUGGAACAUCAUUCAGUUUAGGAGGUAGCCAAUAUCCGCCUUCAAUGGGAGGCGGGUCAGCUGGUCCCUCAUUUUAUGAUCCAACAGGAGGUCUUGGUGGGUCAGGAGGGUCCGGAGGGUCCGGAGGGUCCGGAGGGUCUGUUAGCUAUGGGGGAUCUUCAUACAGGGGAAAUCAAGGAUCCACCGGAGGAUCAAACGGAGUACCCGGUGGAGCGAUUGGAGGAGCCGGUGGAGUACCCGGUGGAGCGAUUGGAGGAGCCGGUGGAGUACCCGGUGGAGCAAUUGGAGGAGCAGGUGGAGCAGGUGGAGCAGGAGGAUCCCCAGGAGAUGUACCUGGAGGAGGAAACAUAGGAGUCAAUGGAGCGGCAACAGGAGGAGUACCAACUGGAGCAGCAAACGGAGCCGCCCCAAAUGGAGCAGCGAAUUCAGGAACCAAUGGUACCACCAAUGGGACAGCAAACGGAGCCGCCCCAAAUGGAGCAGCGAACUCAGCCACAAGUGGAGCCGCCCCAAACGGAACAGCAAACGGAACUACUGGAGCAGCAGGAUCGAAUGGCUUGAAUGGUAAUGGAGGGGUAGGUUCCCAGGGUACAGCUGGAUCUUCGCAAGGCUCAACCAGCACAUGGACUGAAGGAAUAGGACAGAGCAUGGGAAGUUCUUUCGCUGGAUCAACUAAUCUCGGUGCCCCAAAUGAGCCCAAUAUUGCCUUUGCACCUGCUCCUCUCGCACAAGCUACAGAUGCUCCACUGACUCCGGCCGAAACAGCUGCGUUGGACAAAACGUACAUGGACAAACAUCUCUGUGGUGGAUUCAUGGGUGCUAACGGAAUAUCGGGAAAGAAAGAUCUCGCUGUGCUUGCUCUUGACUAUGCAGGAAUGAAACAAGCACUCGAUCCUUGCAAUGUACCGAAGAAUGGACAAACGACCGGACGUACUCCAGUAAACAUCGCGUUCCGCACGGGUAUGGAGACGCACGGUCAGGAUCCUGCCUCUUCUGUCCUUCGUGAUCUUCCAGGUAUGAUCCAACGAUAUCAAAAGGCCCCGCUAAAGGUUCAUCUCUUCUCUUGGUUUACGCCAUCCGAACAUGCUCUCCGUAGUCUCCUUACAAAGAAACGUCGAGGAGGUCUUGUAAACGCCGAGGUGGUCCUCGGAUACGUUGAGGAAAGCAAAAUGGCCCUCUUCAGCGCACUCCUGGGUGACACCACAUUCACCAAUCUCUUGGGUCAACUCCAGCAAGCCGGCAUCGGUGUAAACCGUGUUUGUGACACUUGCAGUCAGAUUGCCAACUUGACCAACUGGCAACGGAAGCGCCAAGGCCUGGUCAACGGAGUCGGUGUGUUCGACCAGCAAGCCGGACAGUGCGGACCCGUUGCUGAAGUUCCGGCCACCGACCAACUGGCCCUCAGCGCCCCACAGUGCCAGAGCUUCCAGGAAUCCAUGGGGUCUUGCAUAUUCGGCAAGCUGACUGCUGCAUGCCCCUGGCUUCGACACGCCCAAGCUGCCAGCGAACACCCACUGGCUGCUACCAUGCAAACAUGGUCCACCGAGUGCGGGAAGAACCUUGCCUGCUGGCAAGACAAGGGUGCUUACCUGAGUUUCCUGGCGCGCUCUGCAGCCAGCUGUCGCGUCUCACAAUACGGUGCUUCCGCAGCCAUUGGUCAAUGUGUUGGCGCAGGACAGAAUACACCUCUUGAUCCCGCUCCAGCACAGCCUUCUUUGUAGAGAAGUCCAUUGACCUGUCGCUUGAAGAAGAAAAAAAAGGGGGAAACGAAAGAAAAAA